AUGAGUGAAAAGACUUCUUAUAGGAUACCCCUUGAUGACCUAAAUUUGGAAAGCAAACAUUUUACAUCAAAGGACGACAUAAAACCUUGGCUCCAGGAGAGUCUACAAAACAAAGGUAUUCACGUUGUGAUCGAAAGAUCCGACGCCACCAAGAUCAUUUUCAAGUGUAAAAAUAAAGAGAAAAAGACAAAGAUAAUCGAGUCCAAGAACAAAAACACAAAGAUUCCAAUAAGGCGACACACGAGCUGUCCUUUCAAAAUCAGAGCAAAUCUCAGUAGCAGACAGAAGAUUUGGUCUAUCCUGGUGAUCGAUGAUCGCCAUGAUCACACUGUUGAAGUUCAAGGCGGUGAAACAUGUAUACCGAAACGACAAGACCAACCAGAAUUAGAAGCUUAUAGCCUGCAAGAGGAGGAGCAUCAGCCGCAACAGCAACAGCAACAGCAACAGCAACAGCUGCUGUACCCUCCUCCCUCCCUUUCGUCCUUGAGCCCUGGAAUGAAUUUAAGUAAGAGCAAUAUGGACAAAAAGUUGCAGAUGGAAUCGAGAGCAAGAAGCCAGGAUAAAAAUACUUCGAGUGGUACCGACCAGACUUCUUCUGUUUCUGCAUUUUCUAACAGAAGCGCUGACGAAUUCAAAGAUAGUCCUCCCACAUCACUAAAUCUGACAGGCGAAGAGGGGUCAACAGGUGUGCAAGAGGCCACUUCAUCCGAGAACUCAGCUUCCAACUCUAUCAGUUUACCCAAGAAACGAAGAGCCCCUCUUAUAAAGAGUACAAAUAAAAAGAGAAAAUCACAAGACGAGCAGCUGACAACACGUCCCCUUGAACUCCCUCUUCCUUUACUUCAACAGUCAUCCAAGAGUGACUUCAAACCACAUACAGUUUCAGGGAAGAAUCAGCGCAGAAAGUCUGCUCAAGAUCCAAAGCAGCAAAGGUCUCCUCAACAGAACAAGCAUUCAAUGUCACCUAGAGCACCAAAAAAAGCAGGCACAGAAAGAGCGCAAGCUUUGCAUCCUAUACAAGCACCACAUGAUGGGAAGUACAAGCUCUCUCCAACUUCCCAGAUCAAAGCACAAGCAUUACCUAUACCCAAGCCCCAGUCGCAAUCACAAUCAUUGUUUGCAAUCCAGGCUUUGCAAAAUGAAGUUCGCCAAAAGAUCAGAUAUUACAUUUUGGAUAACAGAAACAUUACUGAUAAUCAAAAAACGGCAAUGCUUGAUUCAUUUGUGUCUCAGUUGUUGGUGGAGUACAAGAGCGCAUUCAGUCCUCAGUUUUUGGAUUCUUUGAGACAGAAUUUAUAUGGAAGAGAAAACCCAAAUGGCCCUUCACAAGUUAUCUCUAGCACUCCACCAGAGCGAGCAAAUUUUCAACAAAAUGGAUCGAUCAGUCAACAUCCUUUGAAUAAGAAGGCGGCAAUGAAUAACUGGUUACUAAGUGGUUUGAAUGACUCUUCAGGAUCCGGAAUUCCAGGGCCGUCAAUUCCAUUGUCCCCAAUGUUGAAUGACAAUGACGGUGUUUACGCAGCUGCAGCUGCAGCUGCCACCGCAACAGAAGUAGUAGACGGGAGUGAGAACUUACCCAACAAUUCCUUGGACAAUAUCUCGCCUACGUCGUCGAUCAAUGGUCAGACAUCAAAUGGGUUGAGCUACUCCAACCAGGGAAAUGGUCAAUUUUCCCAAAUUCAAAAUCAAGGUCCACAGUUGCCACCAAUCAAUAGUAUACAAGAUAGGAUUCCAUCCAAUGGUGAUUUUAACUCAAAUGGGAACUUGAAUGCAGACACGCAAACGUCUGCUAAUAAUUUGUUGAACAACUUUGGUACUCCCGGGAACUCAUUUGCAAUGGGGAAUAGUGGCUCCGGUUUAGGCAACACUUUUGGUUUGCCAAAUGGGUCAGUCAAUGGAAUCAAUAAUGGCUCAAAUAGAAAUAGUGGCAACUAUUCCAACACAUCAAACUCCCUAUCCUCAUCUUCUCUUUUUGGAGGUGGAUUGGCAGGGAAUAGCUCACUUGGGAAUGGUUCAUUAAUGCCUCCUCUCAGCACCAGCGCCUCGACUUUGAAUCCAUCGCACAUACUUAGGAAUGGGGUGAGUAAUAGCAGCAACAAUAUAAGUAACAACAACAAUACAGCUGCCACCAACCAAAGCAAUGGCCCAAUGAUGAAUAACCACAAUCCCAAUUCACAAACCAAUGGCAACUCCAAUAUGUCAAGUUUGACCCCAUUAAGUUUCAAUGUUGGCAAAAACUCAAACCCCCAAUCGUUCAUGACGCCAAGCACUUCAGCACAAUUUGGUGCUUAUGCUAAUGGAAACACCAAUGGGCAAAAUAAUAGCAACAGCAACCAGUAUUUGUUUGCAUCGCCAUCUAAUGGUGUAUCUAAUCAGAAUAGUGGCAAUGGAGAGAAAGAUCAGGGGAUCAUGUUGAAUAACUUGUCGAAUUAUGAUCCCGGGUGGUAA